UAUAUCGCGCCUCGCAUUUUAACCCGAGGAAGCCAUCGCGCAUUUUUUCUGUUUGCCGAACGAAAUUAUUUGGGCGCUGACAUUGUGCAAAAAGCAGCAGGAGAUUGGCCAAUUUACGUGACAAAGGGUCUAUUCCCUGGCUGGAAAUUUGGAUUCGCUAUUAUCGAGGAAAUCCCGUGAUUAAUAGACGUGUUUGUCGAGUCUAGCUUGCUUCGACUGGUGGUGUGUUUUCUGUUGCUCAUCUUUACAUUAGUGACGCUUUGAGGUGAAGAAUGGGCAAAGUAAAGGAUAACAAACCGGCUUCAGAUAGCGAGUCGAGCGAGGAAGAAUACGUAGUAGAGAAGAUUGUUGACCGAAGGGAGCGCAAAGGAAAGAUUGAGUAUCUGCUCAAAUGGAAAGGAUAUGAUUCAUCGGCUAACACUUGGGAACCGAAGGAGAAUUUGGAAUGCCCUGAUUUGAUCAAAGCAUUUGAACAGACCCGAACGGAGGCCAAAAAGGAAGUGGUCAAAGAGAAAGAGAAGGAUAAGGAGGAGAAGAAGAAGAAACCCAGCAAACCAUCCACUACUACGAGCAGCACCAGUAGCUCGAAGAAGAAGACCGAAUCCGAUGCGGAAAAUGAUGCCUCAGAGGAAGAAGACAAGGAUGAUACCGCUUCCAUAAAAUCCAGCAAAUCCAAAACAGUUGCUCCCGAAACAGAAUUUGCUUCCAGUGAUGAUGGAAUGAACGGCUUCGAGAAAGGCUACAUUCCGGAGAAGAUUCUAGGGGCUACCGAGGCAAAUAACGAGCUUCUGUUUCUCAUCCAGUGGAAGGACAAGGACAAGGCUCAGUUGGUGUCGUCUAAAGAAGCGCGCAAACACUGUCCUCAGCUGGUUAUAGAUUUUUACGAGGAACGUCUCAUUUGGCAGUCACCCGAUUCGACGGAAUAAGCAGAGAUGCGUCUCUUCCUUAUUAUUUUCUCUCGCGCAGCAAACCGAGCGAAGCUUAACGUUUUCAUUGCAGGAGAUAAGUUUAGAUCAUUUGUUUUAAGUAUGCCACCUAUUUACUGAUAUAACGGACACAUGUAUGUUUAUUGUAAGUAAUGUUUUAACACAACUGUCAGCCAUUAGAUUGGUUUUAUGGAUUUUCACUGAUGGUUUUGAAAUGAAACGAAAUUUGAUGCUUUCCAAAAACAAAAAAAAACGUACCGCGCUAGUUUGUAGAGCAGAAACUACUUGUCGAAAUUUGAAGUGAAGGAAAAAAUUAAAGCAAAAACCGAUCUAAAAAAACGAAUAACUAUUACAUUAGGGGAUAUUUUCGAGAAUAAAGCAUUUGGUAAAAUAUAAGAUUAGAGAGUAAACAAUUAGUUUUUUUCAUUUG